AUGAACAACAACACAUACAAUGCCGAGGACCUGAACUCAGUCCUACAGACUCUCUCAAGUCUAGCACCUCAGCCUCAAACUCAAAUCCCCCAGCAUACACCCACGCCUAAUUCACUAAAUUGUACAUCUUCAAGUACACAUGUACCAACAAGUCGCACUGAGGAUCCCCGCCAGUCACAACCUAGGCCAUCCUCCGUGCGCCCUUCAGUCUCUAAAUCUGGCACCGAUCCAUCAACCAUCACUACAUGGCCCGCGGCGCUACGCCAUGUCAUGCGCACCGUUAGCCAGAAUGAGGAGACUCAACUGCGCAUUCGUGGAAUGAUCCGCAGCCAGCACAGCCAUGAACGAAAUUGGUUCCAGGCCCGCGAGGCUUUGAUUAAACAGCAACAGGGCCGCCCGCAGAAGCAGAGGGAGUUGGAUGCUGUUUUGCGCUCGAUUGGUGCCCCUGUCAAAGAAGAUGAUGGCUCGACAGAGCAACAGCUUGCCGCAGAGAUAUCAGCCUACGAUCUCAAAGUCCAUGCAGCUGCUAUCAAGAUGUCAGACGCCCUUUUUGCUGAAUUACGAGGGAUGGGCAUUCCGUUCUUCACGCUCCGCAAGGAUCUAGUGCAGGAUUCGCCAAGUUCCGAAGGGUCUGGAGGUACUCUACGACAGAACCGGGCUGAUUCCACUGCAGCUUCGAUGCCAAUUACCAAGCCUGAGUUGAUGAAACUGCAGCAGCGUAUGCUAGAGCUACUGGAGGAUUUAUGCAAAGAGUAA